CUUGCCCUUCCCUACGAACUUUCAUCCCCAUUCCCAAUUCUUCUCACCUUCCUCUUUCUUUUCUCAGCAAACUCCUAAAAUUCCUUCUGGUUUUAAUUAGGUGUGAGGAAUUGGAAACUCAUCCAUAUUAAAUCCCCAAACUGCCCUUCUAGGGUUUGGUUAUAUAUAAGUUGGACGAGUAAGAGAUUAUUGAAGAAAAGGAGGAAAUGAAGAAGAGGCAGGUUGUGGUGAGGAAAGAUCUAACGAGAAGGAACACCGGCGUGGUCUCCGGCGGCGGCACGAGCGUCCGUUACGUGGAGUGCCAGAGAAACCAUGCCGCCAACAUCGGCGGGUACGCGGUGGAUGGCUGCCGGGAGUUCAUGCCUUGCGGCGGAGACGGCACGGCGGACGCCCUGACUUGUGCGGCGUGUGGCUGUCACAGGAACUUCCACAGAAGAGAAGUCGACAGUGAGGUUUCUGAGUCUUCUAAUUAUUAAUCCAUUACUUCAAUUCAUACAUACACCCCAUGUCAUCCAUAUAUUGUCACCACCACACUCGUUCCCAAAAAAAAAAAAAAAAAAGAAUCCCAUGGAAAAAGGGUCGUUAGUUAUUGAUAUUUAAACCCUUAUUUGGUUGUCUUUCCGUCAGUUAAAUCAUCGUGGCUUUAAUUUGCUACUUUUGUGAUUGAAUUGUGUAUAUUAAUUUGUUCAACAAACCUUGAAGGUUUAUCAAUUAAUGCAUUAUAUAUCAAUAUACUCCGUAUUAUUCAGCUAAUAUAAGCCGGCCAUUUCUUUCCCUUGGUUGAUUUUUGCCUAGAUGAUACUCUUUCCCUCUCCCAUAAAGAAGUUCUAAUUUUGGUUUACGAUCUUUUAUUAUAGUUAUUUUUAAUUCAAUUUCUAUGAAAAUGAUCGAGUGGAAAACCUUUUUAUGUGAUUUAAAGAAGAAACAUUUUUGUGUUGACUUUUCGAAAUUAUCGUUAAUGUGAUAUGAGGAGAAGUUUGCUUCUGGAUAAGGAGUUUAGAAAUCUCUCUUUAUCAAGCUUUUUGGGCUAACUGUGAAUGAGAUAGCUUUAGUGAUUGCUUCGUUGUGUUGUUGUAUCAACGUAUCUCAUCAUCUUCUCUUCAGUCUUCCAAGGAUGCUAUUUAUAGCUGGAUUGGAUAAUCUAUCCGUUGAAUCAUAAUGGACUAUCCGUUGCAUUUGCUGGCUUCAAUUUUGAAUGAAGAUUGUGAUUUGAA